AUGGGAGCGUUUUUGGACAAGCCAGACACGAGAAAGUCGUCAGACUCCGGCAAAGGGAACGGUAUUUCCUAUGGGGUCUCAAGCAUGCAAGGAUGGAGAGUAGAAAUGGAAGAUGCACAUGCAGCGAAAACAGGUCUUCCGGGCGAGCUGAAGUCGUGGUCGUAUUUUGGCGUAUUCGACGGCCACGCGGGCUCUCGUGUUUCGGGACUGUGUUCCACACAUCUGCUCGAAUACAUUCUUAGCACUCCCAUCUUUAAGGAGCUAAUCGCAUCAACUGAGAAACAUGGCUCCACUGACGAAAUAAAGGACGGCAUUGUCGCGGGUUUCAUGGCUUUUGAUGAAUUCAUCUUCAAGGAUAGUCCUCAGGAAAAAUCCGGUUCGACUGCGGUUGUUGCUUUUGUCAGUCCUACGCAUUACUUUAUCGCGAAUUGCGGUGACUCAAGAGGUGUCCUCGUUAAAGAUUCAAAGCCUGCCUUUUGCACUGAGGAUCACAAGCCUAGCAAUGUGAAGGAGCAUAGGCGGAUUACUAAUGCUGGGGGACAUGUAAUUCUCUCUCGAGUAAACGGAUCCCUUGCUGUUUCUCGGUAUGUCUUGUUCGCUUUUGAUGAUCCAUUUAGCACUCUUGUAUUUGUUCAGUAUCCCUCAUUCAUUGUUUGCACUAUUCACGAUUACUGGUAUUUUUUGCUAGUACAGGUUCGUGAGUCUAAUUCUUACAAAAAAAUUUGUGUGCAUCAAACCGCAUCUCAGAUUUUUUGA